AUGGCGGUUGUCCCAUCCGUCUCUACGAUGGCCACCGCCGCCGCCGCUCCAGCAUCUAUGGCGCCGUCCCUUGCACCCAAGGCCAACGACAGCAGGAAGGCGGUGGUGCCCGUGGACGCGUCGGAGCUGGAGAAGCACGUGCUGGCGGUGGACGACAAAUCCGUGGACCGCGCCGCGAUCGCCAGGAUCCUGCGCGGCUCCAGGUACAGGGUGACCGCCGUGGAGUCGGCGACGCGUGCGCUGGAGUUGCUCGCGAUGGGUCUGCUCCCCGACGUCAGCAUGAUCAUCACCGACUACUGGAUGCCUAGGAUGACCGGGUACGAGCUGCUCAAGCGCGUCAAGGAGUCGACGGCGCUCAGGGGCAUCUACGUCGUCAUCAUGUCGUCUAUGACCAUCUCGUUAACCGCCGCCAAUAUCACAGAUACGAACGUGGACGAGCGGCUGUAA